AUUGACUCUGAACUAAGCAAGAACAAAAACGAAAGACGAAGAAGACGAAGAAGACGAGGAAUCUGCAUUUUGAUCGAAAGCUUUCCAUCGUCGCCCGCAGCAAAAAGCACCGUCUCUGCUCACCAUCGAAGGCUUCCUUCCGACCGCGAAGGCAGGAGGCGAUCGAUCGCUCGCUCGCUCGCUCGCCGGCGAGAUGAGAGGCAAAGCAGCGAUGAGGCAGAGCUGGAGCUCCAAGUCGAAGCUAGGGUUGCCCGCGGUCGUCCUCGCUUGCUCCUUCUUCUUCCUCGCCGGAUUCUACGGCUCCUCUCUUCUCCCUCAGGAUGCGUCCGGAGUAGGAGCGAGGGCGAGAGCUCUCGGAUCGGUCAGGGACGAGAGAGACUACGCGCCGUUGCCGCGUGGAGAGACCGGGGAUGAUUCCUUCGUUUCGAUUCCUUUCCAGGUGUUGAGCUGGGGACCUCGUGCUCUCUUCUUCCCUAAUUUUGCGACGGCAGAACAAUGCCAACUCGUAAUAAAAUUGGCAAAGGCGGGUCUCACACCUUCAACCUUGGCGUUGAGAAAGGGAGAAACAGCAGAGAACACGAAGGGCAUUAGAACAAGUUCUGGCAUGUUCAUAAGUGCUUCUGAAGACAAAACUGGAACCUUGGAUAUUAUUGAAGAGAAAAUUGCAAGGGUGACAAUGCUUCCAAGGGAACAUGGAGAGGCAUUCAAUGUGUUACGCUACGAGAUUGGGCAGAAAUAUAAUUCUCACUACGAUGCAUUCAGUCCUACUGAAUACGGCCCACAAAAGAGCCAGAGGGUUGCGUCUUUUUUGCUUUACUUAUCUGACGUUGAAGAGGGGGGAGAAACUAUGUUCCCUUUUGAGAAUGGUAUGAAUAUGGAUGGGACCUAUGAUUUUCAAAAAUGUGUUGGACUGAAGGUGAAACCACGGCAGGGUGAUGGACUUCUCUUCUAUUCCUUAUUACCAAAUGGUACAAUUGAUCCUACCUCACUUCACGGGAGCUGUCCUGUGAUCAAAGGGGAGAAAUGGGUGGCAACAAAGUGGAUAAGAGACCAAGUGCAAGAUGACUAAUCGUCUGUAAUACGUCACUAGCCACUUUGAGACUGCACAAUUUUGCGAUAUUGAGCAUAGGCACGUAUUCAUUAUUUAGUUAGUCUCAAGAGGCUUUUUGGUUUGAUAAAUGCCUCUUCUUUAUGAAUCGUGCCAUUAGCGUCAUAUUAGCAUUCGUCCGUCAAUAUCUACAAAUGAUCUCAUCCCAAAGAGAAAGUUCCACUGAUCAUACGAAAAUAGUUGGGUUUGGGAGCUCCAUUUUCUGUGUACUUAAAUCACACGGAUGACCAGAAAGUAAUUUAUGAAGUUUGAAACCGAAAUCUUUUGUUUCUUGCC